GGCUCUGCCCGCCGCCACCGGCCCGCGUCCCUGCGCUGCGCCGCCCGGCCGGGUGCAUGCAUUGUGGGCCUCCCGACAUGGUCUGCGAGACGAAGAUCGUGGCUGCGGAGGACCAUGAGACACUGCCGGGGGCCAAGAAGGACGCGCUGCUCGCCGCCGCCGGAGCCAUGUGGCCCCCGCUGCCCGCCGCGCCCGGACCGGCCGCCGCACCCCCACCGGCGCCAGGUCCCCAGCCCCAUGGAGGCACCGGGGGCGCGGGACCGCCGGAGGGGCGCGGCGUGUGCAUCCGCGAGUUCCGCGCAGCCGAGCAGGAGGCUGCGCGCCGCAUCUUCUACGACGGCAUCUUGGAGCGCAUCCCUAACACGGCUUUCCGUGGCCUGCGGCAGCACCCGCGCACCCAGCUGCUCUACGCCCUGCUGGCGGCCCUCUGUUUUGCUGUGACCCGUUCACUGCUGCUGACGUGCCUGGUGCCGGCUGGGCUCCUGGCCCUGCGCUACUACUACAGUCGCAAGGUGAUUCUGGCCUACCUGGAGUGUGCGCUGCACACGGACAUGGCUGACAUUGAGCAGUACUACAUGAAGCCACCUGGUUCCUGUUUCUGGGUGGCUGUGCUAGAUGGCAACGUGGUGGGCAUCGUGGCCGCACGAGCUCAUGAGGAGGACAACACAGUGGAGCUGCUCCGCAUGUCCGUGGACUCACGCUUCCGUGGCAAAGGCAUCGCCAAGGCUCUGGGCCGGAGGGUGCUGGAGUUUGCCAUGUUGCACAACUACUCUGCAGUGGUAUUGGGCACCACAGCUGUUAAGGUGGCCGCCCACAAGCUUUAUGAGUCACUGGGCUUCAGACACAUGGGCGCGAGUGAUCACUACGUGCUGCCUGGCAUGACCCUCUCGCUGGCCGAGCGCCUCUUCUUCCAGGUCCGCUACCACCGCUACCGCCUGCAGCUACGCGAGGAGUGACCACCACCAUCUGCCCACCACCCUGUCUGCCCCCCUGUCCACCUCUGCCCUCCUGCUCGCUGCCCAGUGCGGCCCUGCUUUCCAAUGCUCACCUUGGCAUUUGUUUGGGUUUUCCUUUUUCAGCACCUGGCUGGUUCUGGGGCCACAAGGUGUUGUUCAUCUGCCACACUCUGGUGGGGUGGAUUGUCUGCAGCUACCGUCCUUGCCUCCCCAGCGCAUCCAAGUGGCUCGUCAUGCCUUGAAGAGUAGCAUUGUGGACCACCUGGACUAUCCACAAAGCUGUGCAGCCUGCCUCCAUCAGGGAAGGACUAGCCUUGCCCGUCAAGCACAGAACCUCUACAUCAAGUCCCCCAAGGAGCAGACCUUUGGCCCCCAACCAGGCUAAGGCUCAGCUAUUGGCCUCUGGAAGAGUGGCCUGCUGGGUUGGCCAGCUGUUGCCCUGUGGGAGGCCAAGCUGGCCCCAGGCCCUGCUUUGCCCUGUGCAUGUUGAGGACAUGGCCUGGCUUGCAGCAUGCCGCAUGCCACAGCCCUCUCUCUGUUCUGCUGCCCUGACCAGCCUGGACCUCAGGCCUGAGCUGGUGAGCUUCCCUGUCCUGUCCUGAGCUGGCCUCUGGAGGGCCUACCUGCCUGACCCUGUCUGUUCUGUGGUGGGGCCUGGCCUGGCCUAACCUGGCUCUGUCCACUCCUGCUUUGCUUCGAAAUCAUCUUACCUCUUUCCCUUUUUGGUCCCAAUGCCUCCUUGCUCUGGCUGACUUGGCUGGUCACCUGGGUUUGGUUCCUGUAGCAAUCCACUGCACAGCAUGGUGGGCAUUUCAUGGGGGUGGGGGGAUACCUCCCCCAACACCUGUUAGAUCAGGUGGCUACCUCCCAGCUGCCUGAGGUCCUGUGACCUCACUGUUUGUGGGGUCUGCCCUGUGGAUGUAACUAGCCCAAGCUGUUGUUGGCAAUGCCUGCCACAGCUUCUCCCAGCCUGAAACAACCCAUUCUCUAAUAAGUUACGUAGACAGAAUAGCACUCUGCAUGACUUUAAUUCCUGGGACAAAAUGUUAGUUUGAGCCUCCAGACACACAUGUGUGUGGUGCUAGCGUACGCACGGUCUCUGGCCCCAUUUGAUGGGGGUGGGUGGCCCGAGUGGUGGAAGAUUUCAGUCUGAAGUAUGGAAGGAGACUCUAAUUUAGUGUAAUCACCCUCAAAGUACACUCCUAGUCUGUGAAGCUCAGGCUGCCCCUUGAUUCCUGUGGGCAAGAUUGAGGGGACUGGAGGUGGGGAGGUCCUAAAGCCUCAUAGGAAGGGCUGGGCACUGCCUUGGGGGCAGGACCUGGUGGUUGAGGGUGGAUCUAGCCACCCCACUACAGAGUACUCUACUGGGCCAGCUGUGCUCCUGGCCUCUCCUUUUGAGGUCCCAUUUAGGGUCCAGCCUGGAUGGGGGUGGAGGUGGCCUGGGACAGGGAGAGAAAGGGAGUAGCUGCCAGUGUUCAUGUGGCCAGUGCAGGGAGGACAUAAAGGCCCAUUCACACCCCUGUGUGUGGGGCCUGGGCUGAGGAGUGGCAGGCUAGGUAGGCCAUUGAGCUGGGCCCU